UAAACGAGCUGUUCCUGUAUGUGCGUGUUCCUUGGGCUGCCCUGAAUCAGAGGGUGAAGACAUAAAUUCAGAUGUAUAAUUGUGCUUUAAUGUCUGUCUGCCCUCUGAGAGCACUUCUGGGAACCUCCUCAGACUCAAAGGCUGAUCCCAGCAUGUAAAAUCUGAAAUGACUGCCUGGAGCAGUGUCUUCGUUUUGGUGGUUGUGUGUUUUUUUUUGGUCAGGAUUUAAACCUUCUGUAGGUUUUGUUUUGCAUGACAAGAGCAAGUAAUUGGGAUGAAAUCAUCCGUGCUGCAAACGUGAUGGGCGCUCCCAGGACCUGAUGGAUUUCUGAUACCUCGCUCCUGAGGGGCUGGAAGGAGCAUGGUUAAACACCAGCCGCUGCAGUACUACGAGCCGCAGCUAUGCUUGUCAUGCCUGACGGGGAUCUACGGCUGCCGCUGGAAACGGUACCAGCGCUCGCAUGAUGACACCACCAAGUGGGAGCGCCUCUGGUUCCUGAUCCUCACCUUGUCCUUCUUCCUGACCCUGGUCUGGUUUUACUUCUGGUGGGAAGUUCGCAAUGACUACAAUGAAAUCAACUGGUUUUUAUAUAACCGAAUGGGAUAUUGGAGUGACUGGUCCAUUCCGAUACUUGUAACGACUGCUGCUGGCUUUACGUACAUCACAGUGUUAUUGAUACUAGCACUAUGUCACAUAGCUGUGGGACAGCAGAUGAACCUGCACUGGCUUCACAAGAUUGGCCUGAUGACGACCUUGAUAACUACCGUGGUGACCAUGUCAUCGAUAGCACAGCUUUGGGACGACGAAUGGGAGAUGGUAUUUAUUUCUCUGCAAGCCACAGCCCCUUUCCUGCACAUAGGAGCGCUUGCGGCCGUCACAGCCCUGUCGUGGUUGAUAGCGGGGCAGUUUGCACGAACGGAGAAAGCCACUUCUCAGAUGCUGAUGUUCACUGCAUACCUCGCGGUCGUAGUUGCACUUUACCUCGUCCCCCUCACCAUCUCGUCCCCUUGCAUAAUGGAGAAGAAGGCUCUGGGCCCAAAGCCAGCCAUCAUAGGUCACCGUGGAGCGCCAAUGUUGGCACCAGAAAACACCCUGAUGUCCUUCCAGAAGGCAGUGGAGCAGAAGAUGUAUGGAGUCCAAGCUGAUGUAGUACUGAGCUACGAUGGAGUGCCAUUUCUGAUGCACGACAAGACACUCAGGAGAACAACGAAUGUGGAAGAGGUGUUUCCCGAGAGGGCCUACGAGCUCGCCUCCAUGUUCAACUGGACUGACCUGGAAAAGCUCAAUGCUGGGGAGUGGUUCCUACAGAACGACCCUUUCUGGACGGCUGGGUCUCUCUCAAGGUCUGACUACUUGGAAGCUGCCAACCAGUCGGUCUGCAAGCUGGCAGAUAUGCUGGAGGUGAUCAAGGAUAACACGUCGCUCAUCCUGAACUUUCGGGACCUGCCCCCAGCUCAUCCCUACUACAGCACUUACAUCAACAUCACCCUGAAAACCAUCCUGGCAUCAGGAAUUCGGCAACAGGCUGUGAUGUGGCUGCCGGACGCGGAGCGGCAGCUGGUCAGGCAGAUUGCUCCGGGAUUCCAGCAGACUUCUGGCCUCAAGCUGGACGCCGAGCGGAUGAGAGAGAAAGGCAUCGUGAGGCUCAACCUGCGCUACACCAAGGUCACGAAUGAGGAUGUCAGGGACUACACCAUGGCGAACCUGAGUGUGAAUCUCUACACUGUGAACGAGCCCUGGCUGUACUCCAUCCUGUGGUGCACUGGUGUCCAGUCGGUCACCUCUGACAGCUCCCACAUCCUUCGCAAGGUGCCUUUUCCCAUCUGGCUGAUGCCUCCAGACGAGUACCGCCUAAUCUGGAUCACUUCUGAUCUCAUUUCAUUUAUCAUAAUUGUAGGAGUUUUUAUAUUCCAGAACUAUCACAUGAUCAGGUGGCGUUUAGGAAGCAUCAGGACCUACAACCCGGAGCAGAUCAUGCUCAGUGCUGCUGUCCGCCGGUCCAGCCGGGAUGUCAAGAUCAUGAAGGAGAAGCUGAUCUUCUCGGAGAUCAACAGCGGCGUGGAGACCACGGACGAGCUGUCCCUCUGCUCCGAGAACGGCUACGCCAACGAGAUGGUCACCCCCACGGAUCAUCGGGACACCAAGCUGCGGAUGAACUGAGGGGCUUCCAGCCCAAGCCCACGGGUGGCCAACCCCACGUUUGCUCCGGCAACGAGAGCAGUGCUCUCCUGCUUGCCGUGGGACGGGAGCUCCUUGAGGAACUGCUGGCUAGGCAGCUCACCCCUUCCCGUUCCACCAUUGGUGGCUGCUCCACCUCCCUGGUUGUGAGGUUGGGGGGCUUUUUUUUUUUUUUUUUUUGUAAAUAUGUAAAAAAAAAAAAAAAAAAAAAAACACGAAAAUCUGAAUUUUGUCUUUUUUGUGUAAUUUUUCCAGGGCAUGAGUGGAAAUACCACGUUCAUUAAAUCCUCUACCCUUAUGGCUGAAGUUAUUUGAAUUUUGAUGUGACAGCCUGAGUCCCCUGGGGGGGUGCUGGGACAGCUCUCCCCACCCUGCUCCAUUCCUUCCCUCGGUGCAGCGACGGUGUAGCUGAAUUGUUUAAACCGUAUGUUGUGAAGUUCUUGUGAAAUGUCACUUUUGUUCUGUUUUCCUUUUUUUUUUUUGUUCCCUUCCCUCUCCCCCUUCCUGGGCAAUGAAGUUUUAGCUCUAAUUUAACUGUUUGGAGGAGAGGAGCUUUCCUAGGAGACGACUGCUCUUCCCUGCUGAAGCUCAGAGCUGGGGAAGAAGUUGCACUGGCUCAGUCACUUGGGCACCUUCUCCAUGUCCUGUACCCCCUUCCCCAACCCCUGGAUGUUCACGAAGAAUGGCCUUGAGAUGUUCUGCCGUAGUCUGAAGGCAAACCCUGCGUGGUAGCUGAGGCUUGGCCUCUGCUGGCAGCAAUGCUUUGAUUUUGUCCUUGUUCUUUCUAUCUUCUCCACGAGUUGGGCUCUGCUGGCAGCCCAGAUGGCUUGCGCAAAGCAACGCCACGGGCACCAUCACCCCUCACGUCUGGCUAAAGUGCCUGCCACUCCGAGUGGCGUCCGCUGUUGCUCCUUGCUUCGCCGUGCAGGAAGAAGGGGUGGUGGUGCAGUGUCAGCCCCUCUGCGCCAAGCAGAUGCCCGUGCAUGAAGGAGUUGUAAAUAGUCUGGAAGGCGAAGCAGCCCAGGAGAAUAAUUUAUUCCCGCAAGGAGACUUUUCAUCCUUGCUUCGAAAACAGGAUCUCUAAAGCUGCAUGUUGGUGUCCUCCAAAGGAGCGGUGUUUUUCUGCAGCAAGCUCACAACGGCGAGAGCUCUCAGCGGCGUGUUUCCAAUACAAAAGGCUUUAAACCAAAAUCCUAGAUGGGAGAUUUUUUAAAAAAAUAAAAGCUCAGAAACCAAGUAGAUGGCAGGUACAUUUCAUCCCCUCCCUGAAACAGCCAGCCCAAGGGCAGGCUCAGCUCGCUAGAGGAGCCUGGUUUUGGGUCACUGCUGUUCGCACGGAGCUGGUUCCCAAGGCAGCUGAAGCCAGCCCGAAGGCUGCCGGCGAUGUGAAUGGGGCUUGGCUCCGUCCCCGCAGCCUUCUGCUGCUGGGUCGCUCCCUGCCUCGCCGGAUCUCGGUCGACACAACGUGUGAAGUGGGAAAUCCCAUUGAGCACGAGCUUCCUUUGAAGCCCUGAAAAUGCCAGGACCAUGAAAGUCAUUUCCCAUGGAGGGGACGGGAGCCAAAGCUCGGUCUUUGGGCUCUGGCUGAGCCAGGCUGCAAAGCCCUUGAGCUGCUGGGAGAAGUCCCCUUGGAGAACAGAAGGGAGGUUUGGGGAUGCUGAUGUGCAUCACGUUCGACCCCUAAAGCCAACAGAAAAGCCGGAAACAAGCCUCAAUAAAUAGCUUCGAGCAGUUUGUUCUUUUUCUGGCAGUACUGAGCUGCCUUUUUUUUUUUUUUUUUUUUCAGUUUACAGAAGUAGUGUUCUGAAGCACCAAAGUUUGGGGUUCAGUGCAUAAGAAUUGGGGAUGGAAGUGGCAAUCUUAGCUGUAGAAAAGAAAAGAAGGCGUGUCAAAGUAACAUAAGAAAAUACCCCUAUAAUGCAAGUAACGUCUGAAUUAUGCUGCUUAGGAGGUGCCUACUAAAGCAUCACAAACUGAGUUUAAUUUAUUUGCAUUUACCCUGUUUUUUGAGUGUACGUGGAACAAGCCCCUGGUCCUUGCGCCCUCUUACCUUCCCCAAAUACUGUUCUUCUAUAUGGUACUCUCUCGAGUCUGUGAAACAUAGUAUAUAUAUAUAUUUUUUUCCUCCAGAAUUGCAAAUUUUGGUGGAUUUGAAGGCUUUUGAGAACAACGUUGCUUCUCCCUUUAAUGCGGUUGUUGUAUUGAAACAUUCCCGGUGGAUUGUCAGUGCCAAGUGAGAGAUGUUAAGUCUCGGCACCUGUCGAUAAUCACCUGCAUGUUCUGUUUUUGUCCUUGGGGAUGACUUUAUUGAAAGGUGAAGUGCUUAAAAAGCUUGGAAGUGUUAACAAGCAAUCCAGCAAAGAGCUGUUGUUUCCACAAUUCAUUUUUUUUUAUGAUGAGACCCGAACCUUACGCGUGAUGCACUGACUGUUACCGUUAUCGUCCUGAAGAUUUGCUACUUUUUUUUUUUUUUUAAAGGAUGAUACUUUUUCGAUGAAAAUAGAGCUAGACCAAAAUGAACUCUGCGAUCCUCUGUGAAAUAAACUGUCAGUAUUCCCCUGCC